CGUUUGUAAAACAACAAUAACGAUAAGUGUGCUGGGAGAUACAGAUGGAAAAGUAUCGCGCGUGCUUGCUCGCAGUCGCUUCGGAAGAUUCCGAAUCGGCGAGGAACUUUAAAACUGCCGCACCAUGCCGACCGGCUACCCUGCGGCGUUAGUCCUUUUUCGUUGUAAAGGAGGCGUAGGGAAGACAGGAGAGAUUUCGACUGGUCUCUCCUCCACCGAAACGGAUCGAAGGAACGGGGAAUACUAGCGAGAAGAGGCGGCAAACCGCCAAAAAUUCGUCGCUCAAUUCUUUGCCUUACUUUCGCUCGCGCGAGCUUAUCUUCAUCGCUUCGACGUAGACCAGCCGGUUUACACGUAACUUUUUGCGCGUGGUACAGAUUUACGUGACGAAAGGAUAUUUUAACUGCCAAAAAGACAUUCGAAUUGCUAAAAAGUUAUUAUAGGGAUAGUGCGUUUUAGCAGUUGAAGGGACUGAAGGUACCAACUGUCGUGUCACUAGCAGUUAUAUCAGCGGUUUUCCAUAUCCACUUCUAGUUCCAUUCAAUGUCGUGCUUUAGUCGAGUAUUUUGAAACGUUUCUUGUAGUUUUCGGAUUGUUCGCUAUUUUGAAUCGUUUCAUUAUGUUCUCUCCGGCGAAUGUUUGUAUUUUAGAACGUUGCUUUGAAAAAUAUCUAUUCUUUAGAUUAAAACAAGAAAACCGACACAUUGUUAUCGCUCUGCGAUCGUCAACCAGUUUUUAUCCAGCCGCAGAAUAUUUUUCACGCAGCUAUUUUUUUUCCGAAGUCCGUACGUGGGCUCGGACGUCGUUGCGCGCAUUAAUCCGUGGUUUAGCGAACCAAUUUAAAUAUCAGCGGCGCGCUCGACGCAAUUUUAUAUCAUUUCCGAUAUCGCAUGCUUGUGUGGGUGGGUUUAACGCUGCGAAAGCCCUCUUGCCCCCUCUGCUGAUCCAUGCUUCCCCUCCAACCCCGCGCGUCUUGACUGUCCCCUACCCUUAACGCGAACCGUUACGCACCUACGCCAGAUAUGCGUGUUUUACGAUGCGUGUCGUCGCGUACUCCGUCGUCUUCUUCAUCGUCGUCAUCAUCGUCAUCGCCACCCGUCGUCGUCGUCGUCGUUGGCGUCGCCGCCGCCAUCGUCGUACUUCUCGUCAUCGCCGUUUGUAAACGAGCGUGUGACCAGCUCUCAUACGCGAUGCUCGUAACGUCGUCACGACGUACUUUGCGAUCGUACAAAUCAACCGCCUUCUAACAAGCCACAUUAACCUCAAGUGAUUUCUAUUUUCUUACGAAACGUGAAAGAAAUAUGUAAUUAGUAUGUUUAUAUCGACGUAAAGGAGGAGCACACAAAAAAAGAAGAAGAUAUCCCAAGAGCUUAGGUUCAGAAGAAGACAAAAGAUUUUAAGAGCUAUAUUAUCUAAUAAAUGUACAAAGUAUAUCUAACGAGAGGAGAAAGAAAAGAAACACAUAAAAAUAAACAAACAAGUCCGCCAGUGCCAAAUCGAGGAAGAAAGCGAGGUGUAAGUGAUUGUCGUAACACAGAGAGAGAGAGAGAGAGCGAGCGAGCGAACGAGAAAAUAACGUAUAUAGAAUAAGAAUUAUUUUACCUUGGGAUAAUAAUCCUUUAAGGCGCAUGCAGUGUUAUCUAUAAAUCCCUUAAAAGUAAGCGCAAAGCGUGCAGCGGCAGCAUUUCACCUGAAAAACUGAAGGAAGAGGCAAGACAGACAUAGCGACCGAGUGAUACAGUGCGAGAACGACAGAGCAAGACCAUAAACCAAAGAAUCUACCAUUUCUUUUUUUUUUAUUAAUCAUUCAUCGAGUUACGAUAACCUCUCGUCAAGUGAGAUAAUAGUGAGACCCACACCGAUUCCUUCGUCAGAGCCGAUUAAUCAAGCGAACCGGCACAGUUUUGUAAACUAUAGAGGUUUAUAGAAAUAGCCGUAAAGAGUAAGUGCAUUGUUUUUUAAACUGGACGCGUCACGUGACAGAUUUUCGCCAAGCGAAAGGAAGGGGUAGCAGACAAAGGGAGGAAUCAACCGGAUUCGCUUGAACACUCCCAGAGCAACCGAUCUACUUCAGUUCGUAGCCUAAACCUGUUGAGUACAAAACAACACAGAGCUAGAGAUAUAGAUAGACAGAGGCGAAGCGAGAAAGAAUACAGGAACGAACAAAAACACUAAACUUCAGGAACCAAUAGACAAACCGUACAAAGUACAAUCUUGAGAGACAACCGUGACACACGAGCCGAUCGAAAACAGGCGUCCCAAAGUCCAAGCCAUCUAGUUCAGGACGAGAGUUUACGCGAAUGCUCACGGUUCGCGAACGACGUGCCAUCAUCACCAAGACGACGCGCUAACGCGCCAAGAUCGGUAGUGAGAAGAAUGUCGCGUGCGAGAAUCUCGUUGAUCAUCCACUUGAAGAGGACCAGAUAAUCCCGCGCCGUUAUCCGUAUCCGAAACGAGCAUCCAGUCUCGGUGGAUCGGGAGAUCGGUGAGGGAGGAGACUCCUCGCACGAGCCUCAAAGAGAAAAUCUGUGAAAAGAAGGUGCACCGAGAACAGUGACGCAAACUCACGAGCGGGGCGGGGGUUGAAAUCGCGAUGACGUGGCGAGGAAGAUGAGCGCCGAGGUGACGAAGGAGGUCGUCGCCACCGAGAGGGUCCCGACGAGCCCUCCGGCGGCGGUCGCGACCCCACCGUGCACGGUCGGCGCCGGCGACUCGUCGGCGCGAAAUCUGCCGCCCUUCAGCAGCUUCGUCGCCGACAACACGAUGGACACCUCGACGCUGACGACGCUCCACUCCCAGGACUCCCUCGGCCUGGGCACGAUGGGCACGACGACGUCCUGGGAAUACUAUGGUGAGGGUUUGACCGGCCGGCUGAUCGACUCCCGCGGCGAGGUGGUCCUCGCCAGUCAGUACCGGCCUUGGGAGUCCAAGGGCGCGGAGGGCCUGCCAAGCUUCGCUAGCCAAUUCACCGCACCAAGCGAGGCUGAGCCACAACUGACGGCGCUGACGCCAUUAUCACCGGCAUCCAUCUCGCAUUCGCCACCAGUUACGUCGGCAGUGGGUCUGCCCAGCUUCCACACACUUGGCACGCCACUCCCGGCACCGCAUUCACAUCGCGGAUCGGUCGGUUAUCCCUUGGUGCCGGCACCGGUGCAGGCGCGGGAAGUCCCGGCGCUUCAGCAGCAGCUACUCGACGAGCGUCACAUACAGCUUUUAGGCUCCAGUCCGGUCCAGGCGUUCCCACCACCACCGCCAGGUCAUCCUCAUCACACGGUGUUGACGGUGGUGAAACCCGAAUAUCCACAGCUGCAUCAUGCGAAUUUCCAAAACCCGAUGUCGACCGUGCUGGACUCGCCGACCUCGCGACCGAUCGGCAUCGAUGGCCGCAAGAAGGAGCGCAGAAAAAUCCGCGCUGGUUCGAUGGAGUCGGAAGACGGCGGCGGUGGCGGAGGUGGUGGUGGCGGCGGCUGUGCUGGUGGCGGUAACGUGGAGAGUUCCGGCCAGGUAGCCGCCGUGUCCUCCACCGCGAAUCGCGGCAUGCACCAUCUCGGUGGUGGUAUGACCGACGGCGACGGCGAGGGCAGCCUCAGCGACAAACCGGCGAAGAAGAAGCGGAAGAGAUGCGGCGAGUGCAUAGGUUGUCAGCGCAAGGACAACUGCGGGGACUGCGCGCCGUGCAGAAACGACAAGAGUCACCAGAUCUGCAAGAUGAGAAGAUGCGAGAAGCUCACGGAGAAGAAGCACCUGCUCCACCUGUCCAGUGGCGAAGUGGCCUUCCGGGAGCGUGGGAGGGGACGAGGCAAGGGUGCCACUAGGAGUUACCGAAAGAUUGCACGGCAAGUAAGCACGCCUGAUAGCGCACCGGCCGGUCUUGGCAGUCCUCAGGCUGGUAUCGGCGGCUUGCAGCAACAGCACCAGCAACAAACACAACAGUCUUUACAUCAGCCGGAUCCCAUGCAGCAGACCAAGGACAAUCUCAAUCCCGUGGCGAACCAGCAAACGGGCGCUUUGAGGAACGGCAAUCCACCACCACCUGUCGUCUCUAUGUCACCCGGAGUGAUGCCAUUUUAUGGGGAUUCCGGCGCCGGUUUCCGGCCAGCAGCUGCUUUCGGGAACACAGUCUGGCACCAGGGAGUCGGACCAGUUGGCGCGGUUGCAGUGGAGACGUCACCGGCGCCCUGGCCGCCCCAACAGUUCAUUCAGCAGAUCCCCGCGCCAAAUCAACUCGAGGAGUUGAGGUAUCACACCCAGUACGGUGCUGCGGCGCCGUAUCAUCCUCAACCAGUCCAAUAUCAGCAACAGACGUUCAUAACGGCGGAUCAGUCCGCGUUUCAACGCGCCGGGACGACAGGACAGUAUACCAUCACGGGGCAGCCUUCACCGCUGGCAUCUGUCGGAGGACAGACCGUGGUCUCAACACCCCAGAGGCAGUUGAACGGACAAUUUGUCGAUCCUGCGGCCACCGGUAAUCAGUCAGUUGCGUAUGAGAGACAAGACUACGUGAAUGGCUAUCAGCAACAAGAUGUAACGAUGGCCCCACCCUCGACGCCGCCGAGUCGCAGCAGCUCCGUGCACAUGGAUAAUCAACAGCAACAAGGCGGUCCGCAACAGCAGUCGCAGCAGCAGCAGCAGCAGCAGCAGCAACAGGCCGCCGCGGAUACGCAAGUGAAGGGAUUCGCCGCAAUCACCGCCACCAAUGUGUCGGGAAACGAGAUGCCUGGGUAUCCACUUCAACCGGACCCACAGAGUUUACACAACUCUAACGGAUAUCCAGGCUACGUGGAAAUGGGUCAGCAAUCAAUACAGAACCAAUGGCAAAUGGUUCCGCAGCAACACCAUCAAUCGACACAGAUGCAACGGCAGCAACCGGUGGUCGACAAUAAUCAACACAUGUGGUCAGAUACGCGCGGAAAGAUGAGCAACAGCAAUAUAAAUUGGCAAGAAGAUACGAUGCAGCAGCAACAAAAAACUGCACAGCAACAAACACAACAAAACAUGCAGAGUAACAUGAAGUCGCAGGUGGAGCAGCCACAACAGCAGCAGCAACAAGCUCAGAUGCAACCGCAGGAACUACCGAGACCGGCGAGUCACAUGAGCUGGGAGACCGGUAGCGUAAAGGAACCUCAAACACCGCAAUCGUGGUCCGAAAACGCUGAUAACCAGCAGCAACAAACUCAGGGAAACUGGUCGCGACAAAGUCCGAAGCUGAGGGAUCCGCAAAAUCCGCGGUUGACGCCAUCCAAUCAGCAACAACCGUCCCAGCAUCAGACCUGGCUGCAGCAUUCCCCGAAAUUGUCGGACCACCAACAUAACAACGCUCAACAAAAUGCAAGGAUGACGCCUUCCGCCCAGCGUAACUGGCAGCAGAAUAGUCCGGAGAUGCAAACAUCUCAACAGAAUCCGCGAUUGACACCUUCCAGUCAGCAGAUGCAACCACAGCAGCAACAAGCACAAUGGCCACAGCAAACUAAGGUGGAGCAAAAUCCGAGACUCACACCAUCCAAUCAAAUGUGGCCGGACACUCCAACUAGUCAACCAAAUUGGUCACCAAAUAGCAUAAAAAGUGAUAAUAGUCAGCAGCCGCAACAACAGUGGCAGGAUUCCCAACCCAGUCCUAAGCGGGCUCCAAGUCAUCAGUGGCAGAACCAGUUGACGCAAGAGAACAAACUGGACGCACGAAUGUCCUGGUCGCCGAAUUCGGUGUCAGAGAAUCAAUCAAGUUGGGGGCAACAGACGACGAAACAGGACAUGCAAAACUCGGGGGAAAGAAUCGCGUGGCAACAGCAAGCAGCUGCGGAAACUAACAAGCCAAACGGGUUUCCAGAAAAUCAGGACAAUCCGGAUGGCAAUGUUUACGCUCAAUCUAAUCGAGUGAAUCUCAAUAGUCGGCUGAAAUCGAUGAUUUUGAAUAAGCAGCAACAGCAGCAGCAGCAGCAGCAGCAGCAGCAGCAGCAGCAACAACAACAACAACAACAACAACAACAACAGCAGCAGCAAAUCCACCAACAUCAGCAGAUGCAAUCGCAACAUGUUAGUAGCAACAACGGUUCCGUUGCAGAGUACACAGUAGAUAAUCGUAUGCACGACGCGCACGAAAACAGCGAGAAGGUGCAAGAGAAACGCACGGAUCACUUCAUCAAUCAAUCGAAUAUUUCAAUGUCGCAAUCUACUGAAAACAUGACCGGUAAUUUUUUAUCGCAUAGCCACCACCCUCGGGUAAAUAGUUUGCCCGACGGUGGUGGCUUAUGGGAAUGGACGGAAGGAGAGCAAGGUCACAAUGACAAUAGUAAUAAAGAUGAUAACGCCACGUUAACGGAAAGCGGAAUGACAGCCCUUGAGAACUUUAUGAAGCUCGCCACUGAGAACAAAAGCGAUACUGACAGAACAUGCGACAAAGUCGAAUCUCAACAAUCCUGGGAAGCACAAGAGAAAAUCAAUGAAGAUGCUAAUAUCGACGAUAAGUCUUUCCAACAGAGACUGUGCAUGGAUCAAAUCGAGGACGCGUCUUUCGGGGAAUCUCAGAAAACAUCUGAUAGCGACAAUUUAGACUUGCUGAAAAGGACAAAUGCUGCCACGCGAACACCUUCCCAAGAUAUCGAUAAACACAACGCCAAUCACGUGAUCAAACAGGAAGGAAACACCGGGGAUUAUGACUGCGCUGACACGUCUAUUCGCGACGAGAGCUCGUCCAACAUUGAGAUUGAGGAGAAUCGGGACAAUGGUCCAGAUUACAAAUUUCGCGGCGACGGGGGUCCCGCAAAGGUGUCACCAGGGACCGGUUCAUGGUGCUGCCGACGAGGUGGAACCGAACAGCCAACGCCCGAACAUUUGAAGGAUGGUUGUUGCCAGGGUCUACAAACCAAGGAUGAAAUGCUAGCCGAUUCACCGCAGAGAGCCGAGCUAAAGAACGAAGGACCGCACAGUCCGCGUACACCAUCCACGACAACAAAAUUACAAGAUCACUUGGAGAAACUGAAGAAUGUCAGGACCGAAGUGCCAGACUGCAACUGCUUCCCUGCCGACAAAUGUCCGCCAGAGCCCGGCUCUUACUACACUCACCUCGGGGCGGCUGCAAGCCUGCCCGAUCUACGGAACGAUCUCGAACGAAGAACCGGUCUUAAGGGCGAUGCGAUAAGAUUUGAAAAGGUCAUCUAUACUGGGAAAGAGGGCAAAACCACGCAAGGGUGUCCAAUGGCCAAGUGGAUCAUACGACGAUCCGGCAUUGAUGAGAAAAUCUUGACCAUCGUGAAGCAUCGUCAAGGUCACAAGUGUCCAACCGCCUGGAUCGUUGUAGCCAUGGUUGCCUGGGAAGGAGUACCGACUCAUGAGGCAGAUCGGAUCUAUUCUCUCUUGAGUCACAAACUCAACCGUUUCGGUCUGCCGACAACCAGACGAUGCGGUACCAAUGAACCCCGAACCUGCGCGUGUCAAGGACUCGAUCCUGACACUUGCGGCGCUAGCUUCUCCUUCGGCUGUUCCUGGUCGAUGUAUUACAACGGCUGCAAGUACGCCAGAAGCAAAACCGUCCGAAAGUUUCGAUUGUCUGUACGAUCGGAGGAGCAAGAAGUCGAGGAGAGGAUGCACGUUCUGGCGACGCUUUUAUCACCUUUGUAUCUCAGCCUGGCGCCAGAGGCGUUCAACAAUCAAACGCAAUUCGAACGGGAAGCGAGUGAAUGUCGUUUGGGAUUUAAACCAGGCCGACCUUUCUCCGGUGUUACAGCUUGCAUCGAUUUUUGCGCGCACUCUCAUCGGGAUCUGCACAACAUGAAUAACGGAUGCACCGUGGUAGUUAGCGUGACGAAACAUCGAACACUAUCGAAACCAGAAGACGAACAGUUACACGUGCUACCUCUUUACAUAAUGGAUGACACAGACGAGUUCGGCUCGAAGGAAGGACAAGAAAAGAAAGUUCGUUCCGGAGCUCUUGAAAUUUUAUCCAAAUAUCCAUGCGAAGUUCGAGUUCGAUCGGUCCCGCUCCAACCCUGCAGACGUCACGGUAAAAAAAGGAAAGAGGACGAAUCCGAUAUUCCGAACGGCAAGAAGGACACUGUAAAGACCAUGACAGAAAAGAUGGCAGACGCGGCACGUUCACCGGGACACCACGCCGAUUCCUCCAGGUCGCAGUUGAGAGAUUCACAAUUGUCGCUGGAAAUGACGCCCAUGUUUGAAGGAAUCGACGCGCAGUUGCAAAGCUCGCAAGUAUCGUCAACGGUCUUGGAUAGUCCGGUGUCGAUGUAUCAAGGGUGGGGGGCAUACCAAGGUGAGCAGCAAUGGAACCGAAACGGUUGGUUAGAGCAGCGAAAGGGCAACUGGCUGAACCCAUGGAGCGAAUAUUCGUCGUUCGGUGGUUUAGAAAGAGAUAUAAAGGUGGACCCAGACAGCACCAGUUUGGACGAUAUCAGACCCAGAAGCACCGUUUCUCAAGACGAACACAGACCAGGCUCAAGAAAUUUACCCAACUCCACCGUGGAUUCCAUCAGAGGAUGUUACGGAAACUCGCCUAGAAAUCAUCCUGUUUCGCCGCGAUCGCACGCAAACGUACCCGGAGAAGCGUCCAAUAAUGCAUCACCCAGAGGUUGCGUCUCGACAUUUCAGUCAAAGGGGCUAGAACACCGGAGUAUGGACAAUCAUCACGUGGCUGGAGCGACACUAUCACACUAUCACACCUCCGAUAACAGGCAAAACGAUUGUUCCUCGAGAAUUGGCGCUCUCAAUUCAUCCUUUAACGCGGAGGCCACGCACCACCGAAAUACACCAUCCAGGAUGAAUUCCUCGCCAGUUGCUCAUUACAUUCGCAACGCGGGACAGGAUUACAUCAGCAAUCAAUCGAGAUUGCCGUCUCCUAGGUACGCGGGAGAUUCUAGUCAGCAAAAAUACUCAGAUACCACGACGCAAAGUUACAUGGAUGCCGGAAACGCUACCAAGUUGCAAUUGUUGAGGCCACAGACUGAGCAAACGUUUGCCGGUAGAAUGCAGCAUUCCUAUCCGUCGCAACAACAAAUGCAGUCACCCGUGAAUUCUGGCUAUCAAAAUCAAUAUAGCGACAGUAAUGCGACGAAUCUGUUCUCCUGUGUAGACAAUAGUAACCAUAAGCAAAUGGAGACUCCAAGCUCGGAUAUUCUGGUGCAUAAUUCGUUGCACUUGCCGGUAUUUGAACAGCGAAACGACGCGCAAUGUUCUUUGGUGCAACUGCAACCAAACGACCAGCGAAAGUCCGUUUAUCACGCGCAAAGACAAUCGGAAUCAAAGCCCUUCGUGGUCAGUCAUCCUUCAUUCCCGUCUUCCGAUCAAAUUGCCUGCCCGCGGAAUUGGAACAUGGUGAAUUCGUGGUGCCCGAAUCAGGUGAAGAAUCCACAGCAGUCCAACGAUCAAAUGAGUGAUAGGAGCGGUAAACUGACAAAAUCGGAGCAAACGAAAACUGCUUCCUGGGAAACGCCUUCCGAGCCGUCGCCGUCGCCGUUCCGUGUGCCAAGAGGAAGACCGCCCUCGCGAACAAUAUCCAACCAGAACCCAUCUACGGAGCCCAACACGUACGCGAAUCCUUUAGCCAGGACAUUCUUAAAGCCACCAGAAUCGACGAAGCCAGCCAUUUUCGCGGAUGCUCUGGCCGGUAAUUCAAUGCAAAAUGGAUGCAUAUCCAAUCAGUUGAAGAACAGUUGCACGGAGGAGAAAUUGCGGGAAGGAUUCUACGAUGGUAGACAGGACGUGUCCAAUUCCAAUCCAAAUUCUUUGGCAUGGGCCGAGGAGAUGAAACAAGUUCAAGACUUCCACUCCAUGUCCGGUUUGGGUCACCAUGGCUUUCCUCAGUACGGAUACCCGACAUAUCCAGUAUUCGAGAAACCUUAUGCAAACACGUGGGAAGGUUACAAUUACGGUCAUCAUCAGUCAUAUCAGGCUCCGGAAUAUUCCCAGCAAUUUUAUCAGCAACCAAAACGCGAGGGUUGCUUCCACUCGUCCCAAUAUCCGUAUCAGGGCCUGAAUCCAACGUAUCAAGGUCUGAACCCAGGUUGGACAAGGUGGGAUACGCCGCGAUGGGACAUUUACGGAGCGCCGUCAUACUUUCCGGUAUUACCGGAGCCACCACCAAAGGCGGAACCACUUGGUGAGGUAGCGGAUUACUCUGACAACGAGGAGUGUUUCAAGGAUCCGCAAAUGGGCGGCGUUGCAAUUGCCCUAGGACACGGUAGCGUAUUGUUCGAAUGCGCAAAGCACGAGAUGCACGCGACCACCGCUCUAAGGAAACCUAAUCGCCUCAACCCCACCAGAAUCAGUUUGGUGUUCUAUCAGCACCGUAAUCUGAACAGACCCAAGCACGGUUGGGACGAGUGGGAGGAGAAAAUGCGAAUGCGAAAGUUGGGCGUGACGACGUCGUCGAUCACCAGUGCGUCCUCGUCAACGACAAAUUCGUCGACACCGACACCGACACCGACACCGACACCGACACCGACCACCACGACGAGCCCUGGCAAUACAACGAGCGAAAAGACGACGCCGCUCCCACACAUUCCAAACGUUCCCAGCUCGCAGUUCAUGAUGAGAUCGCCCACUUACACCACGAUGACUUGGACGACGCUCUUCCCGAUGCAUCCAUGCAUGAUAACUGGCCCGUACCAAGAAGGCGGUGCGAUUGGAUGAGUCGAAGUCGAACGGUACAGCUUUGCUCAUCGCUGAUCGAGAGACGUACGUCAUCGUCAGGAAUCAAACCGACGGAUCCGAGGAUCUAGAAUCAUGCAGGAUCCUCGGAGAAGAACAGCGACGUUUCCGAUCGAGAAUGAACGACACGUUGGCGGCGACACUUUACCACGAGAGGCUUUAUAUUGUUAUUAUCGUUAUAGUUAGUUGUUCCGAGAAAACGAGAAACACACACACACACACACACACACACACUUUGCACUGCCAUUUUUCUAUUUCGGGUUUUACGCAGGAUUUAAACAUAGCGAGAAAAAAGCCUCGGUGUUAUCAGAUCACCGCGUUCGCGUUUUAUAUUGACUUUUUACUAAACUGAAUUCGAAAGAGGCUCUCGCAAUCGAGCCGGAGGCUGCAAGAUCGAGAAGAUCACAAUGACCGAGAGGCUAUUGACGUAUCAGGAUGGCGCCUUGCGAAGGCUUUGAUACGAUAGAUUUUCGUAUUCCGUACACUUUAAGUAAUAUUACUACGCGAAUUAUACGGUUUCGUGUUGGUAGAAUUGUAAUCUUCUUAGCUAGUCGAAGUCUGGAUGAUGAGUCACGCGACGUCACACAGAGGACGCAUUGAAGCGCACUCCGAGACACCCACGAAAUACUUGCACGAUAUAGUCUGCGAAUUAUCGCGCUUCUUCUUCAGACUACGCGGAGAAAGGAGAAUUUCUAUUCAAAAAGUUACGCAGCAGAGAAGAAGCCGCGCUCAAAAGCAUCUUGUAUCUCUAAGUAAAAGUCAUAAGUAAACGUCUAAAUAUGUGAUAGAAAAAUGUUUUGGCGCGAGAAUAACUUGUGGUCAUAUUGCGAUAAUAUUGCAUCCGUGCCAAAAUCAGUUCAUCGCUCGGGUCGAUUGUAUUUCCGCAUCCGCGCUGAAAAGGUGAAAUCGGAAAUCGGAGUCGCAAUAAUGUUGCAAUAAUAUCGUAUGAUAUAAUUUAACUACGUUACAUUCAAAUAUACUUUCGAGUUGUCGUAAAUAAUCGUGCAAAUUUAUCGCGAUUUUAGACUUCUGUUCGGUAUCAGUCGGAGAGGAAGAGCGAUAGUCGCGGAAAACACCCAACACCUUUUUUUCUAUAUUUGUUAAUUGAACGAUUCUUCAGCAACGCUCCAAGCACAAAAGAUUCUAAAAGAUUCAAAUGACGACAAUGAUCUCAAGUCUUUAAAUUAAUUAAACGAUAUGUAAUGUAUAUCUGAUUUCUCUAGCCUUUGUACAUUUCGCUUCUUAUUCUCGUAUUUAUUUACGUGUUUGUACUCGUAGCUAAGUACUACAUACGAUUAAUUCAAGUGGCACACGAUAUAAUACUAACCACACACGCACCCUUUGGGUCGGCUGAGUACAAAGAGCAUUUAUCUAACAAUCACGUAAGACGCGUAGGUAGGGGUGUACGUCCUAAGUAUACUUGGUCUUCAACAUCGGUUUGACGCUCUCACUGCUUGUUCCAUCUCGUUUUAACCCUUUUUACUCAAACCGAUGAGUAGCUUGGCUUUACUACUGGCUGGCUUGCGUUGUUUGCGACAAAAUUUAGCGUGUUUCAGUAAAAUUCGACAGACGCGUGCGUGACUGCCAGUGAACUUUUUCGUAGAGUUCAAAGGGUUUAUCAUAUCCCCCAGCACGGGCGAUGACGUUUGCGUCUGAUGUCGCACCAAGACAAGAGGAGUAAGGACGUAAUUGCGUAAGGCCAAUUGACUCGGUACGAUAAAAGAGAUUUCAAUCAAUUUUCCGAGAUUCGGCGCGUUGUUAUUGAAUUAGUAGAAAAAACGGAACGGAAAAAUUUGAUUUGUGGCUCUAUCAUUAUCUCCUUUAUUAUCCACGAUUUUAUUACGAUUGUACAUAUUAAUCGUGUUAGGCGUUUAGGCCGAGCCCGCGAGCUUGCGAGCGGCGCAAAACCAGGCGAUCUUACCGACAUCAUCAGUUAUGACGAUCCUUGAAAUCUAGGGCCAACUGAUAUAGUUAAUUGGCGAUUUAUGCACGCUGAUUUCUAAAUCAGUUUGCGAUUAUCCAUUGUCGUCGUGGACAGCCUUCAGCAAGAUCUCAUUGUCAGCGUGAUAAACCGGUCUCUCUUAACGUAUCGUACAGCAGCAAAUCAGGAUAAAUUUUCGUGCAGCUACUCGGUGCUGCAUAUGAUUAGCACGAUAUAAAAUAUCAUCUCGAAACGAUAGAUUUGCUAGAUGAGAAAUUUGACGCGUCCGUUGCAAGAUGAGUGGCUAGAUCUUUGAUGGAAAUUUUACAAGUGUUUGAAAUCACAGGAACGCGAGGAUGCGUUCCAUCAUGCUUCUGUCAAAUCGUCGAGCAUCUCGACAGUGGCUCACACCUUAUUCCUGAUUCGUACUUUCCGUACACUUAGCUGUCGCUCAGGGACCUUUACGCUGAAGCUGAAUGACCGAGAUAUAUCGCUGGGUCUCCCUCUUCCGAAGACGCGAAGAGAGGUUCUUUCGUCGAGAACUUGCAACAUGAGCGUAAGGAGUUGGUCUUGGAGGGUCAAAGGUGGUAGAAAGUUUCUCGCGGACAACUCGUUUUCGGGUGAUGGUCCGCGUUCAACAACAACGGCACAACGUGAGUGAGUCGCUCGUUAACUCGAAUCGGGGCAAGGUAUUCGAGGCGCUGCGAGCGAAAGAACGCAGAAAUCAGUAGUCGAGAAAAGUUGAUACCUAUUUAUUUAUUUUCGCUACGACACGCCCGUCUUCGUAUCUCUGAAACGAGCGAUUCUUAGAGCACGGAAAUUGUAAUCUUAGCUCGUAACGAGGAGUUGAAUCGCGGCGGGUGAUUCGACUUGGAGCCGAGUCGACCUUUCCUUUUGUCCACGUAUUUAUGUCCACGUAUCGGUGGAAUAAAAAGAAAAAGAAGCAAGACGCGACGAACCCUCGCCUACUGGAGUAUUAUAGGAAUCAUUAAUAUAUUAUCAUUCAUUAGUUAUCGCAUGUAAUAGUAAUAGUGAUAAAUAAUAAUAAUAAUAUUGGCAAACAGUAAUAACUAGUAACGUAAUCUAAUUUAAUGUAUUAUUUAUUAAUUAAGUUUGAUAACGCGCGGUGUUGUACCGUUAUUCUAUUUUCGGUUCGGCUUUCGAUCGAGAUUGUCGGACUUUUCCCAUGCACCUCGUUGAUGGAGGCAUCGAGCACGGGGCACAUUUUGCUCGUAUUCGCUUCACGGAUUCCAUCGAGUGCGCGUCUGCCACUUUGUAGCGAAAGACCAUUCUACGUUUCUGGAAAAGGAGGGAGAGUAAUUUUUCUAUGAUUGAACAGGUCGUAAAUCCGUGGGAAGAGCCUGGCAGACGUGCGCACGGGAAAGUCGCGAUACGUUUCGUACAUCUCGAGAGCUCGUACCAAUCCUGCUCCGAAUGUCUCUCUGUUCGCCACUUGUUCACGCGACAGAAUUGCAUACAAGCACGGCACAGCGGGACUAUUUCAAGCGCGACACUCGUUUCUUUCGCUUGACGCGCGCGUGCAUCGCACGCGGCUUACCGAUGCAUUUUUCUUUUUAGAUAAGGCAGCUUUCAGAGACGAGAGAGUACAACGUAGAGUAUCAUCCGCCUGAUAGCUUCUUAAAGCAGCAAAAUUCAUCUUCUCCUCCGCAAUAAUGACAAUACGACAACGGCAAUCGCGGUAUCUCCGCGUCGCGAUUAAGCCGGGACGCACGUUUCCCUCCUGGUAAUCUUCGGAUCUAGCGGGUAUCGCGCAGCAUCGUCGACGGUGGAGAUUUAUCGCGGACGGAUGACGGAACCUCGUGUUUCCUCCGCGAGGAAGAUUGCGAAAGCGUAAUUCUAUCACGAGCGACACCCGAUGCAUUCCGCGUGCAACGCGAGAGGAAAUAAAAAAAAAUUCCAUGUUGGCUUCCGGAGCACAGAGCCACGUAACGCGCACCCGAAACGCCGUUUGUACGAUGCGUGUAACUGUUACUUCCACGUGCAUCGUUGCUCUUGCUAAAACCUUUUAUAAAGUGGAAACUCGGAAUCACGGUUCGACGAUGCCAAAAUAGUAUUAAAAUAAUUAGGAAGAAUAAAUAACGAUAAUUUGUAAUAACAAUAAUUAAUAUACGGGAAUGAAAUAACAAACCGUCGUGUCCGAGAUACAGGCUGAUGCGCAACGACAGUCUAGUCGCGCCGUCUAGGUUAUUCCUUUAUUGCAGGCAUACAUUUUUCAGAUUGCGCUUAAUGGAUCAUGUAAAAUUCGAAAUAAGGUUUUUCUUUAACGACAUUGACGGACAGUCGUUGCGCACAUUCCCGUACAAAGAGAAAAACAUCCGAAUCCGAUCAACAGAGAGGUAAUAGCGAAAGAUAGGAGGCUUACGAUCGAAGAUAGAUAAACGUUGAAGAGUGUAUUUUUUCUUCCAAUGCCAAAAAGAUGCCAUUUUGUUUUGUACAAAAAGACCUGCGAGAAAAUGGAGAAAAAAAAAGAAGGAAAUGAACGCGGACGAGAACAAAUUUUUUAAAUAGUUCGUAGCAAGCGUAUGGAUGUGCAACGAUAAAGAAGCAACCGGACAAAGUAAAACGAGAGUAGGCAAGUCGAUGUAUAUGUCCCGCGAAAUCGAUUCGCACGCCUUACCAUCGUGAUCGACGGGAAACGAGCGAGACGUCGCGUCCACCGUUCGCAAAAUGCGGAUAAAAAAAAAGAAACGAGCGGAAAAAGUAGCGCCGUCCAUCGCGGGGAUCCGAGGGCCGUUGGUGCACCAACGCCGGUUCAACAUCGAUCCCGAUCUCGACCGAGCUAGAAGCAAUUUGCAAGCUAUUGCGAGUUUAAGUUAAGCCGGUUUCGCUGGUGCAAUUCGGUGGAUCCCGUGGAUGUAUACUGCAAGGAUGUAGCGUUACGUAUACACCGACCACGCAUACGUGUACAUAUAUUUUUGGAUAAAGCCAUGAAGAAAUUUUUAAUCGAAAUUCGGGCGGGGACGCGCGAGAACGUGAUCAUCUCUCGAUGGAUUCGUAGCUUCUUGUGAGAUUAACGAGACACGUUCUUCCUGUUGGAUGGGAGUGAAAUAGCGUAUGCGAGAAGAAGAGAGAGUGCGAACACGAGAGAAUGAGAGAGCGAAAGGCAGGAGGGAGACGGUCGAGAGAGAACUUUCACGCACGUCGCUCCCCUCGAUGUAUUUAUGAAUAUUUAUUUACGCGAAGAGUGGAAGAAAAUUUAAUAUAUUGACGAUUAACACAAAUGAUUGUAAGUUAUAAGCGUAAGUUUUCUAAGAGCCAUAACUCGUAAAGCGGCGAAGGUAGCGGACAGCGAGAAACUCACUUUCGGGCGAAAAAUAAAAUUGCGUUUCCGAGAUCAAUUUCGUUGAGCGACGAGGACGCGGACAAGGCGCGCGCGUCCACUUAAGAUUGAAGCAUGCUUAGAGCUAUGGUAGAGAGUACAAUAGGUAUAUAUAAGUAACGAGGUAAUUGACCUUUUAGCUAUCGAUUACUAUUAUCAACAAGUAAGAAUAGCAUUUAGACAAAGAUACGUGGUAAGACAGAUGUAAUUGUCCUUUGUGAAUAUACAUAAGAGAGAAAUGAAAAAUACAAAAAACUUUUAUGAG